CUGCCGACCGAGGUCUCCGCAGCGACACGCCACCACCAGAGCGCGCCGAGCUCGUGCACCCAGCAAGGAGCAAAGGACCAACAACCGACUGACGCGGAUGGCCACCCCGGGCCACGCCGUCGCGGUCGACAUCGACGAGCCAGCCUCCUGCGGCAACGGCGAGGCGGCGGCGGCCACGCCGCUGCCCCAGCCGACGGUGCCGUACGUGCUCCGCUUCACCGACCUGUCCUACAGCAUAAGGAAGCGCGGCAGCGGGCUAGGCUGCCUGCCUUCGCGCUGGCCCAGCAACCGCCUGGCGUCCUUGGACGCGCCGGCGUCGUCCGCGACCGCCGCCAGCGCCACCCGGAACACCAAGACGCUGCUGGACGGCAUCUCCGGGGAGGCCCGGGAGCGGGAGCUGUUCGCGGUGAUGGGCGCGAGCGGGUCGGGCAAGUCGACGCUGCUGGACGCGCUGGCGGGGCGCAUCGCGCGGGACAGCCUCCGCGGCGGCGGGGCCACGCUGAACGGGGAGCCGCUGCAGGGCCGGCGGCUGCGCGCCAUCUCCGCGUACGUGAUGCAGGACGACUUGCUGUACCCGAUGCUGACGGUGCGCGAGACGCUGCUGUUCGCCGCCGAGUUCCGCCUGCCCCGCGCGCUGCCCGCGGACCGCAAGCGCGCGCGCGUCGACGCGCUCGUCGACCAGCUCGGCCUCGCCCGCGCCGCCGACACCAUCAUCGGCGACGAGGCCCACCGCGGGGUGUCGGGCGGCGAGCGCCGCCGCGUGUCCAUCGGCACCGACAUCAUCCACGACCCCAUCCUGCUGUUCCUCGACGAGCCCACCUCGGGCCUCGACUCCGCCAGCGCCUUCAUGGUCGUGCAGGUGCUCCGCCGCAUCGCGCGCAGCGGCAGCGUCGUCAUCAUGACCGUCCACCAGCCCAGCGCGCGCAUCCUCGCCAUCCUCGACAGGCUGCUCCUGCUCUCGCGGGGGCGCACCGUGUACGCCGGCACGCCCGCGGGGCUCAAGCCCUUCUUCGCCGACUUCGGCGCGCCCAUCCCGGACAACGAGAACCCGGCCGAGUUCGCGCUCGACACCAUCCGCGAGUACGAGCGCUGCCCCGACGGCGCCGCCCCGCUCGCCGACUUCAACGUCAAGUGGCAGAACGGCAGCAGUUCCACUUCCACCUUUGACAACAACAACGACGACGACAACGAUAGCAGCAGCAAGCUCAUGCCGCUGGAGCUCGCCAUCGCCGAGAGCGUGUCCCGCGGGAAGCUGGUGGCCGGGAGCGCGGUCACCGCGUCGUCGGUGCCAACGUUCGCCAACCCGCCGUGGACCGAGGUGUGGGUGCUCAUCAAGCGCUCCUUCACCAACACGGGCCGCAUGCCGGAGCUCUUCGUCAUGCGCCUCGGCACCAUCAUGGUCACCGGCUUCAUCCUGGCCACCAUCUUCUGGCGCCUCGACGACACGCCCAAGGGCGUGCAGGAGCGCCUGGGCUUCUUCGCCAUGGCCAUGUCCACCAUGUUCUACGUGUGCGCCGACGCGCUGCCGGUGUUCGUGCAGGAGCGCCACAUCUACCUCCGCGAGACCGCGCACAACGCCUACCGCCGCAUCUCCUACGUGCUGGCCAACGCCGUGGUCGCGUUCCCGCCGCUGGUGUUCCUGUCGCUGGCGUUCGCGGUCACCACGUUCUGGGCGGUGGGGCUCGCGGGCGGCGCCCCCUCGUUCCUCUUCUUCGUGCUCAUCAUCCUCGCCUCCUUCUGGGCGGGCAGCGGCUUCGUCACCUUCCUCUCCGCUGUGGUGCCGCACGUCAUGCUGGGCUACACGGUGGUCGUCGCCAUCCUCGCCUACUUCCUCCUCUUCUCGGGCUUCUUCAUCAACCGCGACAGGAUCCCGGACUACUGGAUCUGGUUCCACUACCUGUCGCUGGUCAAGUACCCGUACCAGGCGGUGCUGCAGAACGAGUUCAGGGACGCCUCGCGCUGCUUCUCGCGCGGCGUCGAGAUGUUCGAGGGCACGCCCAUAGGGCACAUGACGGAGCCCGUCAAGCUCAAGGUGCUGCAGGCCAUCAGCAGGACGCUGGGGUCCAACAUGACGGCCACAACCUGCGUCACCACCGGCGCCGACGUGCUGGCGCAGCAGGCCGUCACGGACAUUGGCAAAUGGAAAUGCCUGCUGGUUACUGUGGCCUGGGGGUUCUUCUUCAGGGCACUCUUCUACGUCGUCUUGCUCGUUGGCAGCAAGAAUAAGAGGAAGUAAAAUUAGUAUACACAAUGUAUACGGCGUAUACAUAACAUAUACAUAUGUGUCAAUGUGUGACGGUGAAACAAAUGUAUAGGUCGACAUGUGAAAUUAUUGUUUUGUUUUUAAGAAUUGCCGUAUUUUUUUUCAAACAUGCGUUUACCUAGAGUACUGAAUUAUAUUUGAAUUCUUUGCAGUUAUUCAACGGCGUCAUGCUUUCAAUAGAUAUACAUAUAUGU